CGAGCCUUGAAUUGCUCGAUCGCAGUUUGGCACGCAUAGCUGUCUUUACCGACUUGUGUGGAGAGCGAAUUUAGAGUAUGGCGUUCUCGUCAAAGAUUUUACUGCUUGUGGGUAUUUCUCUGGCACAGUUUUACAUCGUGCAUGGUGAGUUUAGAGGCGUUUUAUUUGACAGCAAGUAAUGGACGUGAUCGAGUUAUUUGCGUCUGUUCUAGAAACCAGUUAAUGGACGAAGAGUUAUGUUUAUGUUUACGAAUGCUAGUCGCUCUUUCUUUGGCAGAAAUUCGCGCUUUCUCUUAGACGUAAUCAGUAGAUUUAAAUGUUGUUUGUGUUCAAAUACCAGUGCAAAAUAUAAACCGUACGGAAUUUAUUUGAUACAUCAGUUAAAUGUCUAUGACACCAGUUUGAUAUAAGGCAUAUGUAAUCCUUCAUCUUCCAGUUGUCCAAACUGUGAAGUAAGUUCGAUUAUUAGUACCUCAUAAUGAGGACAAAAGCUUCAUUCGAUCUGCACUCAAACAUGUUAUCUCCCACUCAAACAUGUUAUCUCCAACGUCUCGUCCUGCUCUGCUCUAUUAAAAGCCAUGGGUGUGAUAAAAGCCCAGUGUGAUAAAUAGUCCUAUUUCCUGUAAGGCAACCGACAAGAUUGUUUGUUUUUUUGGCGAUUCCCCAGCUACAUCAAUCUUCACUGUGCUUAUCGUCUAAUGACAGCCACUCCUAAUUAACUAAAGGUUUCUGUAAAGGUUCCAAAGGCCAGCAAUUUGUGCGUGAUGCGAAAUUAUCUGUACCAAGAUCAAUUUGUGCGUCAACAGUUCAUUUCAUUGUUUUUCAAAGGGAAUGUUUCUACCACAGACGACAUGUUGAUCCCAGAGCUUCAAACUUUUAGUGCAAAAGAAAUAUUAUAUUAAAAGGGUAGCACCUAACUUUUGAGGUUAAAUGCUCAGAUUCCUAAUCCGACAUAUAUCUUUCCAUUUCCACCAAUCUUAUCAAAGUCAGUGCAGAGUUAGAACUUGUUAAACAUUGCUCCCCGACAUCAAAGGGAAAAGGAAUUUUAAAACUAAUUCAAACUUUGUACUAUUGAUAUUUGAGUACAUAGAAUAACGCUCAGAUGGUCUAGAACAGAGUCUAGUUUGUUUUAAAGCUAGGAAAAUAUAAAGUUGCGGAAGUCGUAGGGGCUGUUAUCAAAAAAUCGAUUUAAUGCGAUUUACAAAGUUUUUCCGGUUUGUUUGUAUUCUUAUUUGUCGUUAUUUUUCAAUUAGUUUUGAGCAAAUCAAAUAAACCCUCGUACUUGCAAUAGGAGACGUCUGUCACAUUGGUAAAAUUAUUUUGUCGAUGUGAGGAGUGUGACAAUCAUUUCAAUCACGCAAACAUUAGUUGGAAUGCAGAUUUAUGUCGAGAUUUUUCCGCUGACCCCUAAAGUUACCUCAGACAUUUUUUUGUGUUUAUUUUCCGUCAACUCCCUUCCUCUCCACAUUUGUUACUAAUCCAAUAUUUUGCAACGAUUAAGACAUCCAUCACAGGCCAGCGGUAAUCAAUAAUCUUGUAUGAAUGAUAAGAUAAUCAAUUUGAGAGAUGUUUCUAAUAGGAUUCAAAUAUUCUUUUUUGUUCAAAACAAGGAUGGAUAACCAUGCGUAGUGGACUCAAUUUAAUAGAGGUCUCACUAAGCAAACCACAAGGGCAACCAAAGGAGGGCUGUUCUCUCUCUUCCCCUUCGUGUCCGUCACGCAUGAUACAACAUGAGAGUUUUUUAUUCGUUCGCUCUCGUCUGUAAUGAUCAGCGGUAUUUCGUGGAUACUAAACUUUCUUAUAACACAGCGGUCAAACGUCUCUGCAUAAGUGAACGUUGUAAUGACAGGAUACCAGUGCUUGAAUAGGCUUUGUGUUCGAAAAUUCUCUCGAGUUUUCCUUUUCCCUACUUUUGUUUCCAAUAACAGAUUUUUAUGAACUUGUCAAUUUUCUUUCGCACAUUUUGCUAAACAGCGGUUGUUUGUUAUAUUUUCCUGUGAAAUUUCACCGGAACUGAUCCCCUCGCGCAUGCCCGACGUUCAACCGCUGUUUUUAUUCGCACGGGGAUCUUGACAGAGCCAUGUUGAAAUUAAAUCGACUUCUCUCGGACAGAAUAUUACAUCGUCUUGGUUCCGUCGGCUGUCUGUGAGUUCUUUUAUUCACCAAACCAACUUCCUAAAUUCAAAUUCGAGAUAGGGCUUCUUUGUAAUGCCACGAGGUAUGAUCUUUUUAUUAACGCUUUGCUGAGAGGAAUGGUAAGUGUAAAUGGUUAAGUGUAUAAUAAAGGAAGAGAUUUGAGUUACCAAUUUCUUUAUGUGCAACUGACACAUAAGCUUUUUCACAUUUCCUUUUUGACAGGUCAGAGUUACAUGAACUGGGUCGGUCGAUGCUGUACUAAAGGUCACCGCAAGGCCUCAAGGAAUUAUGACCCUUCUUCAUGUAAUUCGGAUGAUUUGGACAGGCGACGAUUUAAUACUAAGUUUGAACGUUGGAUUUGUCGGUUGUCUGAAAGGGUAUGCUGUAUGAAAGAAAUACAGAAGAAAAGCUGCCAGAGCGGAAUUUUUGAAGCGUUGUAAGUAGUGACAGAAAGGGACGCAUUAACUUUAAAAGGAAUACAAUUUCUUUCAAUAUGCAAAAACCAUUACCUAGAAGUUUAUUAAGAACUAACAAUUUAAGUAUUUAAAAGCUUUUUUAAAGCAAAGUCUAGUAAUAUAUCUCAUGUUUUUUUAGACUCGGGAAUUCCUGUGGCAGGUUCAUGCCUUUUGUUGGCGGAGAUGAUUUCCGUGAGUGUUGCGACUGCUGUUCUCUGGGAGUCAUAGCCAAAGCGAACAACGAUACCACUUGCUCAGCGGAAAGGUUCCCGGCGAUGCUGCUAUCCAACUCAAGCAUUCAAUGCAUCAAAACAUUUAAACAGUGUUGCAAAGGUAAGGUCAAUUUCCCGAUCAUCAGAAGAGCACUUAAGGACGGCAAUGUAUUUGCCAAAUUUUUGGAUGAAAUUGCAAUUUAGGAAGACCACUGAGACAGGAACGAAACCCCUUAUCUAUUGAUUUGUUCUAACCUACUUCGUUAGGCAAUGUUGCUGAAAUUUGAUGCUCAGUUCUACCCGCAGAUAAUUAUGUUCGGACAGAGUAAGAUCCAAUUCGACCUGUAAUCAUCUCUUUCGCGAUUAUCAGAAUCGAACGAUGACUAAGCGGGUACUCGAUUUGUUACUCACGAGUAUAAAUAGAGAGAGAACUGGACGACAUUCAGUCCCGUUACCAAUUAAGUCAACUAUAACAAACUUUUAGAGAUAAAAUGCUAACCGAAUUAACUUAUUCAUAAAUGAAACAUGACGUUUGAAUUUUUUUUUCCACGAGAAAGUGUACCCACUGAUCUCUAUAACAGCGCGCGCAAAUGACGUGUACUGUAAAAUUACACGUGCAUGUGCCUUGUACUGUCCACUAGUGACAAAAGUUGGCAGCCCGGCUUCAGAUGUCCUUUCAAGUUCGAGAAUUUUGUCAUUUUUUAUCAUUUCUACAGUCUGGAUCAGAAUACUUAAGACGAUUGCAUGAGCCAGGGAUACGUCCUAGAAUUCGAAGCCCAGAAAAUUUCUAUAGCCUCUUUUUCCUCUUCCAACUGAGUCAAGUUACAGAUAACUUGGUGAACUCGGUGAGCUAGGCCCUAUACUAGGUUCAUAUACCGACGCCAAGCGCCCUGCGCACUGUUAAGAUAAGCAUUGGCGAUGGUGUCUGUUUAUUUAUAUUAAAGACUGAUGAAAAGGUGAAUGUUCCCUCCUCAGGAACGAUAUCUCUCCCUACGGUCCUUCCAACCGCCAGAAAGCCGAAGUGCUCCGACAAUUUCUGUCAACAGGAAUGCCAAGAUUCACCCACACAAGGGGCACAAUGUACCUGUCGAGAUGGAUACCUCUUGAAACCUGACAAAGUAUCUUGUCAAGGCAAGGCCGCAGUCUUAUUGAACUUUUAAUUGGACUUUGUGUAUUCUGUAUCCAUUCUGCAGGUGAAUCUGGCUUUUGUAACUGCUGCAAGCUACACACAGGCUCCAAAAGGAGGGGCCAAAGCUUGCUCCGAACUUGUUUUCGUAUUUUCAAAACAUACCCAUGCCUUAUUUGGGCAGUUUACCUGUCAUGACCACUUCGCCCCACGUUGACUGAUAAACUGGUCAAACUGCGUGACUCAUGUUUAGUGCGUGACUCAUGUUUAGUGCGUGACUCAUGUCGGGUGCGUGACUUUUGGUUAGAGAAAUAACUUCCAGUGAUCGUGUGAUCUGAACUUGUGAGUUAGAGUAGUCUUGAGAAAAGAAAUUAAAUCUUAAUGAUGCAAGAUAAGAACCCCCAAGUUCAAACCACUCACUGAGUAUACCAUCAACUUUCCUUUUCUUAAAGACAUCAACGAGUGUAAGUUAAGAGGUGGUAAUACAUGCAGUCCUUUAGAACGGUGCAUCAACACUCCUGGCAGUUAUCGUUGUGAGAAGGGAACAACGGAGGCAGCGUGUAAACUGGGGGAACAACUAGUGGAUGGAAGUUGUGUAGGUGAGUGUUAUUUUUCUUCUGUGAAACGAUAGAAGCUAGUUGUCUCUUCGCAGAGCGUACACUCUCCAAGUAGUAUAACAGACUUCGAGCUCACCCUGUCUUGUUUACUUGCUAUCUUGUCUAUUAUCUAAUUUUAUGUCAAACGAAACUUGCUGAAGCAGGUUCUUUGGUAGCUGAAUUAUUUACACAGUUUCUCUGAAGCUCCCCAGAACGGUAUUUCAACUCUCUCCAAGAUAACACCCUCUAGUUAAAAAGGAACUGUUUCUUUAUUCCCAUCGAAUUUUUUUCUACAUAUUAUAGAUAUCUUAAGGAGAAUUACUAUGUUUAACGUGUUUGCCCCUUCCGCAACUAAAAGAUAUCAGAUAUCCCGCAGAGAACAGUUUAAUCGUUGGAAAAUAACGUGUCGAGCCUCUUUUUUAACUGAGUAAUAUCGUUUACUUAAGUAACUUGAGAAGCAAACACCGAAGUACGUUCUGCCUUUCGCACCUGUAAUGUUAAGAACUUCGUCCAAACUUCUGCCACAAUUUUUAGGCGUGCAUGUGAAAAGUUUCGAUGUGGCGCAGUUUAGACAUCAUUUUCGACUUCCUGCACAUGCGUUUUUGUAAGUCAUACACCAAUCGUAAUACUCACGAGAUAUCAAACCUGCUCAAUUGAGAUGGAAGUGUUUUUUAACUGUAUAUUAUUCUUUGAUGGACAGAUAUAGACGAAUGUGUGCGUGGACUUCAUCGCUGUGGAGCACAGCAGACCUGUGUUAACAAUGAUGGAUCUUACGUUUGUACCUGCAGGAGUGGUUUCCAAGCUUCUGGGACAUUCUGCAUCGGUCAGUAGUCUUAAAUCAAGAAAUUAUAAUUGAAAUAUGGUGGAUGUGCUCAGUAAUCCAGGUACUUUUUUUGAACAUGGCUAUAGGGCGUUCACUGGAAGCCUACACAAUUUGAAGAAGCUUAGUGAAAAACGCAGGGUAGAUGAAUUUUAACGUGGUAUCAGCAUUUAUUACUAUGAUUUGUAUUUGAUGAUACGAACUCCCUCAAAACAUAUCGGUCAGUGAUGAAAACUGACCCAAUGUAACGCGAACUGAAAGGAGUGACGCGCACGAAUAGAAAUGAAAUAACCAUGAUGACAUGAGGUGACAAACAAUUAAUGAUGUGGCAUGUCUGAACAUAGCCUCAUUUGAAUUUUACCUCAAAAAGUGCCUCCAUGUUACGCGAAACAUUAAACCAUAUGAAGUGUGACCCAAUGAAACUAUUACGAUUUAUGUAAAUGACACGGACUAGCCCAAAAUGAAAAUGGUGAUAUACUAAAGAAGACUUAUCAGCGAGUUCACUCACAGCAAUCAGAUGUUACAUGUUUCUAUUAAAAUCCAUAGACAAGGACGAGUGCAGCACAAGAGAGGCCCGAUGCCCUCAGUACUCAAGCUGUGUCAACAAUCAAGGGUCUUAUCGAUGUCAGUGUGAAAAAGGGCGGCAGUUACUCAAUAACAAGUGCGAGGGUAAGAUGUUCAAGUUGACAUUCAGUCCCACGUUUAACUCCUACUUCCCUUAAAUUAUUUAAUCAUUACAGAAUCGUCACUUUUACUUGUGUUGUGCCUUACUUCACCCAAAACUAUAACUGGGUACCAUUAAACAAUGAACGAAGCCAUUCAGAAUGACUAGGGGAGCGGAGCGCGAUAACCUUCCAUAAAGUCUCGUACCUAGACCUUUCACGGGCAGAGUUAAACGGGAGGUCUGGAUACGAAGCUACUUUCCAUGGUGCAACACCCUACCAGGGGAAGAAGGUAACCCAUGCUAUUGGUUUGUUCAUCCUCGCUGUUAAGACUGGGAUAAGCUUCGUCGGCCAUGCAUCAGUUCUCGCCUGCGGACUUUAACUCUCCUUUGCACAUUUCUAUUUCUGACGAUAACUUAUGUUUAUACUUUUAGAUAUCGAUGAAUGUUCAUCCGGCAAAUCUUCCUGUACCCAGGGUACGAGGUGCGAGAACACGGACGGAUCUUACAAGUGUACCAGGAUCACUGUUGUAUGCAGAUCAGACCAAGUACUCACUGCUAACGGAACAUGCAAACGUAAGCUGUAACUGUUAUCAUUGUUGUAAGUAAACGGUUACCCUUUUGAACAAUCAAUUAAGAGGCGUUUCAUAUACCAUAACACUCUUACUAGAUAAUAAUAGGAUGUUGCCCAUCUUUGUAUACAGGAUGUUUUCGCAUUAAUUACAUCCUUUUUGAAAUCACUGGUGAUCUUUGCAAACUGAUUGGCUAUCAUCGGUGCGAUUUAUUCACGAAUCGCACAUUUUUUUGCUCCCAAUCGCAUCCUUUCCCUAACCUUUAUUGACAACACAUCAACCAAUCACAUUUCAAGGCUUGUUUGAAGUAACCAAUUUAAAAAAAUGAAAAUGAAAGACAACUUUUGCAACUUUUUACAAACCAGCUUAGCACCGGAUUAACAUCAAAUAUUUGAUCAGACUUAAACAAUCCUUUAUUUGAGCGGCUGCAUUUUGUGAUUCCUAAAUAGAUGCAAUGGAAUGGUAAUUGAAUUUCAUUUCGUGCAUUUUUCGGUCUGAAAUCACACUUGUGGUUUCAAAUCAAACUCGCCCUGCGCACUCGUUCAAUUUUGAAAUCACUCGUAAUAUAAUAUAAUAAUAUACAUGGAAAAAUUACUCAGUUCUGAUUGGUUAAGAUAAAUGCAGUUUUCAGGUAAUUCAGUGUAGAAGAGAGUUAAUUCAGUGCAGAAGAGGGUUAAUUUAGUGCAAAGAAAGAAACAAAUCAGACAUUCUGAUUGUUUAAUAAUCAAAGAAACUCACAGAUAGCCAAUCAAAUGCGAGCCUUGGAUGGCGCAACAAAAUUUGAAAAUUUGAAAAUUUGCGAGCGAAACAAUGGCCGGCGUUCUAAGUAGGUUUUCUUUCGCCACCGCAGCUGAAAAACAGCUUAAACAACGAAAACACUAUAAAAAGCAUUGCUUUUUGGUUGUCAGUUUGGGAAAAGUGGUAUUUAGAGAAGGGAAUUGCCAAGGAAAUCGAAAAUUACGAGCCGACCCAGCUUAACACUUUGCUCGAGCGAUCCAACGCCGAAAUUAAAGACAGUCAUAGUUAAACCACGGAAAAGACGAUUCCAUUUCAUCGAAAGUGCUUCGGACACAGACUGAACAAUUCCUUGAACUGUUUAGUCGGACUUUGAACUUUCUUGCACCUUAAAGAUGUGAAGAUAUCAUUGCCUAUUAUUGUUUUGACUCCUACGCGGUUAUUUUGACCGAACGCACGGUUUGAAUAAAUUAUUUUUUGCACUUGAUGCGCGCGCUUUGCUUAUAUUUAAUUAUGAUAAGCCAUCUCGUAUUUUUCAAUGUAUAUUAUUAAUACGUAAUCACAUGAUUUUUCUCGUGCAAUUUGGAAUAAACAAGCACUUGCUAAUUUUUGCAAAGACCACAAAUUGCACUCGCCCUACGGGCUCGUGCAAUUUUGUUAGUCUUUAAAAAAAUUUACUCGUGCUUAUUUAUUCCAAAUUGCACUCGAAAUCAUGUGAUUACCUAUACAAAUAACACUCCACUCAUAUCAAUUACCAUUAGAUAUGUCCUGCCAGUCAACGAGGCAUCUGCAGCUUAUUUGAGAGCGAAUUCGAAAGCGCUAUUGAAACUACUUGGAAGGAACGCUCCUUUCUGUGUUUUUAACCUUUUUUGAAACGCCAUAUCAUGCGUCGGUGAGAAGAAACAAAAAAUUUAGCGCCGUAGGAAAACAGGAUUAAGAGAGCCAGUCCCCCCAAAAGACACUCUGUACUAAUGAUCCAAAUUUUCAUGACAUGAAUUUAUUAAGUUUCCUUUAAAAGUUUUCCAGCAUUGUCUCUAAUCUGUGGAUAAAUACUCAUUCUUUUAUUAUCGUGUUAUCAUCACUUUUCGUUAUUACCCUAUUCGAAAUUAUUUCCAUUUGUCUUUCUGAAAUAUCUAUACAAACACCGAAGCGGGUUUUUAGCGCGUAAUUUUGAGCUCAUUUUCGCGCCAUUGUCCUCAUCAGCUCAAACCUGCAAAUACAUUUUUUGUGGUUUAACACUUUUUCUUUAUGGACUAAUAAAAACUUUCUGGUUUAAGCCAGCACGAGAACGCCUAUCGAGGCAUUGAAACUAUUUUUAUCAUUGUCUUUUAAUUUUAAGAUUAAAGACGCUACAUCAUAUUUUUUCAAUUUCGAAAUAAUUAGCUUAAAUGUUUGAAGUUAAUUAUUUCCAAUCUUCCCCGAUCUUCGCAAUCAUUGUUUAUCAUCUUUUUUGGUAUAUUCUCAUCUCUUAGGUGUUUAUUUACAAGGAUUAUUUUUUACUCUUCUUCUAUGUACACUGAAUUUUCUUCAUAUAGCAAAAUCGUUCGAAAAACUGUGCUGUAGCAGCUUAAAGCAAGGAAAACUCCCUUGCCUAACUCUUGUUUCUUAUGCUGUAUUUUCUGCAAUACUUUCUUCCUCUUUCUCCAUUCGGUAAUGAUCCCAGCAAAGGACUUUGUUGUUGUAAAAAUGGAAGUUUUCUCCGACUCUGAACCUCUGUCUGCAAAUCUGACAGGAGAAGCACUCGAUGUGAUAUGCGUUUUUCGCGGCCCUCAUUACAAAUUCGAAGGCUGCUAUUGGCUUGUUACAUGCAGCGCACACACCGGGGACACCAAACAACCUGUAGGCAGAACAAUAUCGGUAACUACAAUUGUUAAUCAGGGCCGAAAGAGUAUCCUCUACGUUGUUAUUUGACCCACUAGACACAGUAUGUUUCAAUUUCAUGUUAGGGGUGAUGAAAACAUGUUAUGUAGUUGAGAAUUCCUGUCACAAUAUUGAGUUAGUUUAAGGCUGUGCUAAACUGAAUUUUUUUGCAAGGCGACCUUACAUUAAUACUCAGCGGGUAUUAAGUGAAAAAAAAAAACAAGGAAAUGUUGAACCAGCGAAGAACGACUUGAAACACAAGGUUUGAAAACUGUGGCUUCGCGCUCGGUUAUGCGACCACAGUUUCUCCGAAUGAAUUGAUAUGUUUUUUGUUGUUGUUUUGUUUUGUUUUGCUUUUUUUCUCAAAAGAGAACUAUACUAAUAUAAGAACCUUUCUGUUUCAGUUACAAAUUGUAGCCCAUUCGGCUAUCGUCCUCAGUCAUCGCUCGUUGUCUCAAAAAUUCCACUUAAACACUAAUAUUUCAUAUGCUGGUAUGAAUUCUGAUGUCAGAAUUUAAGUAGACUUCUUUUCUUCUCUAAAAACGGUUCGGUACCAGCUGAGACAGUUAUUGUUUAAUUUCUUCUUUUCAAUAAUCACUCUCUUCCCUAAUAUGGUAAAGGACAUAUCCCUAGAUUCAUAUUAAAUUUAAGAAGUCCUAUCGGUGAGCUGACUCUUGUCUGAACAAUGGUUUCAAAACGUGGUCUAAGCCCUUUACAUUGCCACACCCCUGUGAGCCAACCGGCUGCGAGUGGAAGCGAUCUCAUCUUUGAUAUCUGUUUUAAUGUCCUCGAUUCAUAGAAGUUAAGUGUUCCGGAAUUUUCUCAAUCGCUUUGGUUAACCUAGGCUCCACUUAGACUGAGAAAAAAAAAUUAGGAGAGGCUAAUAAAAUGCAGUUCGAAAGUUCAUCUGUUGGCGAGAACCGUCAAAAAACAGGUUCAGGAAAUAAACCGUUUAGCCACGGUUUGCCAACGCAAAAACUGUAUAAAAACUAACCUGAUGUUUUAGUGAAAGAUUUAGGUGUCUUGGUAUUAGAAAAUGUUCCUUUUUCUUCAUUUCUCUUUUUUUACAGUGCGUGCAACACUAAUUUUUAUUUGAACUAGUAUUCAAGUAACAGUGUUUUGAUUAACUUCGUUGGUGGUUGCGAGCGAGACCAAAACAUUGCUACCAAUUAAAUUCAUUAUAAAACGACGCUGCACUUGGUUACUAGUUAAUUUUGAACUUUGAUAUGGAAUCAUCUUUACUGACCUUAAAUAGUCUCUCUUGCAGAGAAUGAGGUUCGCUUUAUUGUAAAGCGUCGAUCCAAUAUCACCAAGUUUGCACUCACAGCAGUUGCAUUUUAAACAACCUUCGUGCCAAUAAAGUCCCAAAGCUUCCAACAAGUAGCGAUCUGUAAUUGGCAUUUUGCAGCCGCUGCAGAGAUGAGCGUUUUGCUCUGUUUUUACAAGGCUCUUGCUCUCCGUGGCUAGGUAGAGAUGAAGUGAACAGAAUUUUACCAGAAUAAUCACUCAGGUUACAUCAACGUCAAACAGCUAAAAAUUUGUAUGUUUUGUAUGAGUGAGUGUGGUUUUUUAUGCGAUUGAGGAUUUGUCUUUAUUCGUAUUUGUUCAUGCCAUGCACGGUAAAUGAUUUUGUGAUAUGUUCCUCUUCGUCUACUUUGAGACGCCAGUUAUUUACGCCGUCGAGCUUAGCAUUACCUCGUGUUUUAAACAUUUAAUUCCUGUUACUCGAUUCAUUCUGUCAUGUGGGGUCACGUACAGAACAAACCAGGUAGAUAUUUGAUAUAAAUUUAGUACAUACCCAUGAUUUCAGGCUGUGUCAAGAUUUGUCUUUCCCUUCUCUCGGACAAAAAGUGGUUUUCAACGCGCAUACAGCGAAGUUAAUGUCGACAAGAAGUUUUCAACCAGCGAUUUCUUGUAAAACCAUUGUCUUCCGGUAUGUCAUCGACAGUGUUCAUUGCUAAUGAUAUCUGGCGGCGACCUAACAAAAACACUGUUAUUUCGGCUCGUAAUUACCUCUAAUGACGCGACUCUUUCUAUUGGCCAGAGCAGACCAAAUAGAACAGGUAUCCAUGAGUAGGGAAAAGAAAACCAUUGCAAUUAUCGAACGCGAUAAGCAAAUUGAAAAAUGGAACGGUUAACCAAGCAUAUAUUCCUGUCAUUAAAAUCGGCCCUGUUUCUUACUUUCAGAGGUUAAUCAAUAUGAUGGUAAAAACGAAAAAAAAUCAGGAUAUCCGCAUGGCUUAACGAGACUUUUAAAAGGACGUCUUAGAUGCGGUUUUUAAAAUCGAAAAAAAAAAAAAACAGCACUUGUAGGAUUAAUCUCUCAAGAUAAGAGAAUAGACACUAAUUGGCCAGCUGUCCGUAGUUUGCAUGCAAAUUCUUAAAGGUAAUUACUAUCAAGUUUUGUUUUAUAUCGCUAAUGGCUUCUCUUUUAUUUCUACGGAAAACAGUUUCAAUUGCAGCAAAAAACUUGUAAUUAGCCACUGCUAAUUUGCCCAACACCCGGGAUUGAAAUUUGGCAAACAAUUUCUCGAUAUUUCAGUUUUUGUAUACCUUUCUUCCCGGAUGAAAUUAUAUCUGGUAUUUAAUCAAGCAUUUUCCCCUUACUCUAGAAUUAAUAUUUGAGAGCUUUAGGGCGGAGAAAUUUUUUAGCCUUUACUUGUAAUUUAGACAAGAGCGACUUAUUAAUUGCUCGUUCAUUAUGAAGAGAAUAAAAGGCUUUUUAAGAUGAAUAAAAGCGAAACUAUCCUUCGCCACAAGCUGAUUUACACGGGUACCAAAAUUAGAACAAUGACCUAAAAAAACACCGCAAACAGAAAUGGAAAGUUUUACGUUAUUUGGCAGAGUUUUUCGUUAAUGUUUGCCAAGAAAUCAAAUAUUACCUACUGCACUUUAUCUUGAUCAAUUUUUGAUUCCAAAAUAGAAGAAUAUCGAGAAAGAACUUUCCACUUACGAGCUUAUCACCCUGUAAAAAGCUUAUUUGUAUUAUAACUGCUUUCCUCUCAGUGUCGCAGUGAAUAAAUGUAAUCAUUAAUUUAUCUACAGCCUCAAUCCUUAUUUUUUUCAUCCUUGUGGGCAAAUAUCCUGCUUGAAGUCUGAGAUAUCUGUGUUCAGUACCCCUCUCGUCAGGUUCAACCUCUUUGCAUUAAAACGUGUCCAACUUUAUCUGACCCACUAAAAAAAUUGUCUUUUGACCAACACGAAUUAAGAUCGAACAACGUUCGGUCUCUGUUAAAUUAUGUAUUGAUACAAGUCUCCGAUUUUCAUAGCCACUCAAAGAUUCAUUCAGUUUGCGAAAAUAAACAUCGGCUUUAUAGGGAAAGCUGGCGGACUUAAAGCAAUAUUUUUUUUUAUUCAGCCAAUUGUGGGUCCUUUUGUACAUAAGUCUAACAGAAUGAGAGAGAAAUUCAUUGGUACCUGCAACUCAAAUACCAAACCUUUGCGACGUUCACUGGACAGGCGUUACACUGAAAUUGAAAUGAGACCUCUAAAAACCGUUACGCCAUUUCAAAAUCCCUCAUAACAACUUGGAUCCAAAUUUAGCGCAGAAAAAGAAUCAUGGUUUUUUUAGGGAUCUGUGAGCAAAAAAUUGACUCAAGAAAUGAUUUUAAAUUGUUUUGACACGCGUGCACAGGACGAAGGAUAUCAAUUUGACCUCGUGACAAAGAUUUCAAUGUAAGCCAUGUAGAAAUAACAUUAACGCUUUGCUUUCAAGUUACGAAGAACUUGCGCCGCGAUGUUCGGUUCACAAAAGCGUUGUAAAAUGUUUAAACAGAGCAAAAAUAAAAAAGUUUCUAGGCCUAGUUUACUCACGAUAUAAGCACGUAUUUUCAGCUUUGUUGCAAUAUAUUAGGCAUCCUGCAGACUCACUUCCUAUGUACGGCAAGGAUGAGCAAUUUCGACAGAGUUAUCUUUAUUCUUGAUUAACCUCAGUCCUAUUACAAAUUGAUACAAUGCACUGAUAACCUCACAGUCUGAAAAUGCCUGAAUCCAAGGCCGCUUUCCUUAUGUUACAAUUGAGCUCUCCGUGAAAUAAAAUAUUUCAACAAGAAGAAAUGAAAUAAAAGACCUGGUUCUGACCGAACUGACUGUAACGCCCCGCAGAUGAAGAUCCAAGGUCAUUUAAAUCUUUCUGGCAUACGGACAUGCGGGAGGGCUCAACUCACACAGCCCUACCUGCAAGGAACGGACUUUUCACCUCCUGUUUUUAUUGCCGGGCAAGAACCAGUCCCUUCAGAUCGGCCAGACCUAAAGGACGAUAGCGUUCUGGGAUCGGGAAAUCACCUUGAUAUGUACUUAAAGUUCCUUUCUGUCUUUAAAUUCUGUUCAUUUGAAUGAAAUAGGAAUUCCACUCACAGAAUGUGAAGAUUGAUGAUCAUCCAUUAGUUUUUAUGGCUCAGAGAAAGUCAAAAUUAACAGGUGUCCUGGAUCAUACAAUAAGUCAAAUGGCAUAACUUAUGAGAUUAAUAAACAAAAUCAACCCCACCCCCUUCCCCCUUCCUCUCUCCUCUCCAUAGAAAAUCGGAAAAGGCAAAUUCAAACCCUUUUUCGAGGGAGAUUCAUUCACCGCGAUGUUAACCUGCUAUUGCAUUCUGCCAUUUCUAUUUGUGUAUUGCUUUGUGAAGGGGGGGAAAUACCAUAAAUAACUUCACUAUGAUCAUCAGUCAUUUUCCAACGCAACAAGUGUGAGUCUGUAUUCUGUUUUUGUCUUUCAGCCAAGGCGCUUUCUGUGUGUGAAAGAGUCCAGUGCGGGAGUGGUUUUGUUUGUAAUCCUAAUGCCCCAAGGCGGCCUUGCGAAGGUAAGGUCGCGAAAGGGUCAGACGAUUUCAGUCCUUUCCUUGUUGAUUAGUCAGGAGAGUUCAGCGUUGUAUCAAGAUUCCACCGACUGGCUUACAAUGAUCUUUUUAAAUUUUGGUCAUCUGUUUGCUGAAUAAUGGUAGUGUAGAGAAAAAUUGAAAUUUAGCCUUUUUUGCGUUGAGCCCAUCGUCUUUUGAAAACGCUACUCCUCUGCAGUUUAGAGCUAAAAUUUCACGUCACUACACAAUUAGCUGAAUGGAAAUCAGUCAGAGGUAUUUUACCCUGGAAAAUGACCUAUAAUGGCUUUAUUUUUUAGAUAUCGAUGAAUGUUCACAGUCGCCUCCCAAAUGCAAAGCAGGCGAAGUAUGUCUGAACUAUAUAGGCUCAUACGAGUGUCGAGGUAUGGUUAAAUAAAUUUCUUGUUGAUAGGACUUUCCAUUGUGUUUCGCAUUUAGCACUCCCUUUUCUUUAAAAGGGAAUUACUUGAAAAGAAAAUGUGAGUUGAGAACUGAAAGUUUACAAACAUUGACGGAGCAGUACGAACGUAGCCACUUUAAAGUCUGCUGUGAAGGUUACUCAUCACUCCCUCUUAACUGCAAAUGGUUUUACGCGCGAGUUUCACGCGUGAGAAGUGCGCUGAUUAGUGAUAAAUAGAUGUGUUUUCUCACAUAUGGUGUUUAGCCAAAGACUAAAAACAACUUCAGUCAUUUUCACAUCCAGUGAAACUCCAGCGCUCUACAAAAUAUAAUCGUGGGGUAAACUGUUUCUGUCAUUUUUUUAUUUGUAGUUUGAGUAUUUCUCUUACCCAGUGGGAGGAAAAUAUGUUAUUUGCGCAUGAUCAAAGCCACAAGCCACUCCCUUUCCCUUUUGUCUUCCUUUUUCCCGUGCUCACGCUGAACGAUUUUACAGCAGCUCAGUCAAUAAUCAGAAUCCUCUCCAGUUGCUGCAGAUUUCGGAAGUUUUUAAAAGUUAAAUUUUUUUUCAAUUCCAGAUUCCUGCAGAGGUGUCGACUGUGGCAAAGGGUUGAAAUGUCAGCCAUCUGGGAGGUCGUAUAGUUGUACGGGUAAGGAAACAUUUGCAUCAUUAGUUCUGCGCCUUAUUACCAUGACAUAACGCUAAGUGAUGGAAAAAUAGAAAGAUGAGACUUUGUUACGUCUCAUUUAAGCGGCUAGGUUGCUAAGUAAGAUCUAAUCUGACGGUGGCCGAAGGAAAAAGCAUGUCCGUCUAACGUUGAGUAUUGUAUCGGCGAAUUCUUAAAAAUUCUCUCUCACUCUCGUUUUUUCAGAUAUUGACGAGUGCGCUACCUUGCCAAGGAGGUGUACGGGAGAUCAGGAAAUUUGUGAGAAUUACUAUGGAGGUUACCGAUGCAAAUGCCGAGAUCGAUUUCAGAGAAAUUCCCAGACAAGAAGAUGCGAGCGUACGUUUUAAUUCUGUUUCAUGAUGGGGGUUGGUUUGUGACUGCUACUGACUUGCCUCCUGUUGUCUUUUUACAUAUCAACGAGCAAAUCACGCGAGAGGUGCGCGCGUUUGGACGGCAGGAUAUAAUGAAAAGGGAAUAGGAAGGAGUCAGAAGUCAGUUCCUUGUUUUUCAACCCACUGUUUUUUUAGAGAUUUUCACCGCGUCAGCAUUGGCUGCGUUUGUUCUUUACUACGCUGAUAAUAUUUGUACAUAUGACGAAGCUAAAUGAAAGGCACGAUAGCUUGUCUGACUCGCGCGCUCAGAUAUCCUCAUUUGACUCCUGAAGACAAAAUUUUCUGAUGUAAUUUACCUUUCUCCCGGUCUGUUUUUAUCGAACUCUGGAGGAAAACCUUUUCAGCCUUUUAAGAGGAUACAAAUUUUCCAUCCAUGAUCUAGGGCAUGCUGUGGCCAGUUUUUUUUUACAAGUAGAUUUUGAAAAUGUAUUUUGCUUCUUUGCAUCACUAUUACAGGUAGAAAUUCUUGUUCGUCGGUUAAAUGUCCUCGGGGAUACAAAUGUCUGGUGAUCGACGAUAGGAGUUAUCGAUGUAAAGGUAAAGGGAUACUGUUAAAAUAAAUGCCAUCUGUUUGGUCAAAUAUUACUAAAUUUUAGAUAUUUGCAAAUAAAAGACUUAUGGCAAAAUAAAUAUGUUCUAUUUAAUCGCGUUUUACUUGCCUUAAUGUAACUGAACAGGAAAGGUUCAACGGGAAACGCGCCUUGGAUAUCAAAAGAUCCCUUUAAAGAUGAAAAAUAAUCCUCCAUUUUGGAUUACAUCGAAAGGCAUUAACAGCGUAUUUGAUUUCUUAAAUUCCAAAUGUUUUCAUCAACUUGUAAAUUUCACAAUACUUGAGCCACUGAUGAAAAACGUUUCUUAAAAAUAUUGAAACUUAACGAAAACGGAGUAUAGUAGGGCUUAUCCUAUACAAGAUCUUGAUAUCUUCAUGUCUGUCAUACUUUUUUAUGAUUUUUGCUGUAAGAACUGGCAGUUCAAUCAAACAGUGUUCCCAGAAUUAUGAUUGCCCCUCUCCUCACCAUCUUUCUACUUGAAAUGCACUAAUAGUGUAUGGAGAAGUUACAUAGUUGUCACUUCCGGUGAUGGAAAAGGUUUAAACGUCCGAAAGUUAGAUUGUUUCGCAUCUGGUGUUUUCAAAAUUUCAGACAUAGAUGAAUGCAGUGAGUCACCACCUGUAUGUCUGCCAGGACAAAGAUGUGUUAAUUACGCUGGCGGCCAUUACUGCUCGUGUCGCAACGGAUAUCGACUGAACAGCAUCACCAAUAGAUGUGAAGGUACGUGCACAGUAGACCCACUCCAGUUAUUCCCGAGUUAAGCAUAUUGUUCAUAAUCACGCUUUUUACCUCGACAUCGGCCAACCCACCAACAUUUUAGUUUGAGUUUCAUCCGUAGUCAUUACCUUGCACAUUUAGUGGACAUUUGCUUUCCUGCUAGUUACUCUAUCUCAUGCUGCUGCAAAGAAAUGAUAAACGUUCAACUACCUGUACUCGCAUGUGCACUGCUUACAGAAAAUAAAGCGCACACAUUUACCACCGAAUCUCAGGUUUUCGAGUGACAUUUAUUAGCUGGAAUCAGCCAGUUUCGUUUGUUACGCGACUGCUAAGCUGCUAAUUGAAAAGCUGAUAGAGCGAUUUGCAAUCGAGUGUCAAAGUAACCCAGGUUGUAUUUUUUUUAGCUUAUCUAUGCUCUGUGCAUAAGGAGUUUAAAAAUUCACGACGGUGAUAGCAACAGGAAAGUCACUAAACAAAAGGUUUAAUGAUCAGAACAAUGGCUGUGCACGUGCGUUAUAAAUCUUUGUAAAUUUCUUUGCGUUCUUUGCAGUGAAGUUUGAGUUGUCUAGGGUACGUGAACGACGACAUCUAAUUCUUUAAAUUUAUAUAUCUAAUUUAACGCGGUGUUCCAUGUUCAGUUUCGACAUAGUUCUGACAGUAAGAAACAAACUAAAAGACUUUAGGGGAUGGCGAGAUUCGUAGGUAAAAUAUGAGUUCAUUUUAUAACCGACGUUGUCCACGGCGUCGCCGCCGUCGUUUCCUUAACUCCCUAUUGGUGAGAGAGACACGCGCCGCCUUCAGCAUUUACUGACUGUGUCUUGCAUCAGUUGUUUCUUGAGAAUUAUACAUUUGUGUUUUCUUUGUUUGUUUGUUGGUUUGUAUUGGUAAAUAAUUUUUUGCGUAUGAUCAAGCCGUUUAACUAGGCGACACACGCGGUAAGUUUUGACAGAUGACGGUAAAUUAUGGGAAUAAGUGGAAAAAUACAGUCGUGAUUGGUUCUUUCACUUCUCCUCUCCCACCAGAUAUCGAUGAAUGCACUGAGAGGAGGUCUGGUUGCAGUCAAAUCUGUGAUAAUACACCAGGAUCAUAUGUAUGUCGCUGUAGAAGAGGUUUUAGACUGGCGGCCGAUAAACGAUCGUGCAUAGGUAAAGUUAAGUGCAAUGACCAUAAUCAGGAGAGAUUCAGAGUAGAAACUAUUCACUGCAAAUCCUAAACACGUUUGUUCUCGUUCUCUUCCAAUAGAUGUGAAUGAGUGUCUAAAUUCUCCAUGUUCCGGUAAAGGUACUUGUAGAAAUACAUUUGGUUCUUUUGUUUGCCGGUGUAAUCGAGGAUACGAGCUGCUUGCCGAUGGACUGACAUGUAGAGGUAUUGUUUGAAAAUGAAUGAAAAUUUUUUUAUAAAAUCGCGCGAAACAUCGUGACGCUCAAAACUCACGCUAUAACUAACUUCGAUCACAAUCACUCGACAUUCCGCAGAGUACAGUGGGGUGAAUUUUUUUGGGCUUUCAUCAUUUGACAAUAACUGCCUUUGAUAAGCCUGAGCCAAUUCUUAUUGGCUCACAUACAAUUUUUGCGAAUCUAAUCAGAAGUCUUGAAUAAAUUAUUGAAUGAACCAUUUGUAAUCUCAUUUGUUUCACUUUUGAUGGUUUACCAGACAGAAACGAAUGCAACAGCGUCACUUGUCCCUACAGAUGUGUGAACACCAGAGGAGCAUAUUACUGUAUCUGUCCAAGUGGUUAUAGUAACCAGUCCCGCUAUUACUGCACAGGUGAGGCGAGCAAAAAGAGAGACUUCUGGCUAGAUUUUUUGUUAAUGAAUAAGCAUAAAUUAUAAAAUAGUUUAAAUAGUUCGCGCGCUCUGAUUGGCCAUAAAACCUUUUUGCAUGAACGUAUGUAAACACGGUUUUCGUUCCUCUUUCAUUAGUUAUUUUAUAAAAGAAAUGUAUAAUGGUUUCCGUAUUUACAUCAAGCUAUGUAAACACGGAAACAAUUUUACAUUUCUUCAUUUCAAAACGAGACGAAUACCUCCAGAGCUAACUUAGAGACCAGUCAUUUUUCAUUGUCGUGAGGGCAAGGGGGGGGGGGGUAGAGAGAAGGAGGGUAGCAAUAAAAUAACUGAAUGUUAAUUAAAUGCCAGUUGGGAUGGUUCAUAAAAAUAUUAAAGAGUUGUAUGGGGGGGGAUAUCAAGUAAAUUUUAAAAUGACACAACCGAAAUCCUCGAACCCUCCCCAACCCCCCCUCCCCCCUCCACAGGUAGUUUAUAAUGACCGAUCCCUUAGCUAACCCCAAGGUGACUUUCAACGCCGAUCGCACGAACUUUACAAAAAAUUGCACUUACAGAAUAAAAUCGAAUUGCCAUUUUCUGCUUUUUUUUUUUAAGAUAAUGAUGAAUGUCAAGCUGGGAAAGACAAGUGUAAAGACGAUGAAUUUUGUUUCAAUACUUACGGCUUUUACCAGUGUAUACCAAAAUUAUCCUGUUCUUCAGAUUACGUUCAAGUCUCUGACACGUAAGUACCAAAAGAGAUUUCUUUUCAUGCUCUGUUAAUUAUUGUUGACUGGUCGAGAUCAUACACUUCAAAAAUCGUUUUAUAGUUUUCAGCCAAUCUUUCUAAGUUUUGAACCUUUUCCAUUCGUAAAGCCAAUCUCGAUCGUCAGAUGCUCGUGUUUUCUGUUUCCAGGCGAUGUGACAGAAAAAGCUGCAAAAGUGGUGACCAAGCCUGCUUUAAUCAAAAGGUUCAGAAGAAGAGCCUAUGGACUUUCCGGAUGCGUAACAACGAAACUUCGUCAACAAUCUUCAACUAUCGCAUUUUUACUUAUGGUAAGGACUCAUGGCCCUAAGGAAAACAUGGAGCUAGGCCUAGACACUAGUCGCCCAGCAAACUUUUCCGGUAUUUUUCACUGAAAAGUCGGAUUGUUCCCUAGACCACGAAAUUGACAGAUGUCUGACAUUUUUCUUUUGAUAAAGAUCGAGUUCAAACAGUUUCUAUCUAUCUUGGUCCAUCUCAGUCUAUCUUUAUCUGGCAGUAUCUGGUCCUAGCAGUCUAGGUGACGCUUAUCACAUGGUUGCUCAGUUAAGCAAACACCGUCAGUUUUGGGUUUAAAAGCCUGUGCGUGCCUACCGAAAAAAACUGCAAAAACUUUUGUUAUUUUCAGAAUCUAUACUUCAAAAGCUUUACAGUGAUAGGUAGUUUUUACGGUUUCUCUUAAAGAAGCGCGCGCGUGGAACGAUUUUUCUUAAAAGCACCUUAUUCUGUUGACAAUAAACUUAAAAAAAUUUUCACUUCACCCUUCAUUCCUGCCUAGCUUAUUUGAGAAAAUAAAGUAGGUUUCCUUAGAAUUGUAUUUGGAACGAUUAGAGAGAUUGAUUGAGUUCAGAGUUUUAAUCAACAGGCGUACCUUUUAGUCAGCUAGGCCUCAAUGCAGAAAUAACUAAAAAGUAUGAUUGUAAUUUUUUUUUGUGAUUACUGCUUCCUAUAGGAGGCGUAAUAAUUGUACGACAUCAGUAGCUACAUGAAGUCUUUGACUGUGUAUUUUUUCAGGAAUAUGUUAGCAGUGUCUUUGUUAACGUUUCGAUAACUAAAUUUUUUACAGGCUACAAAGUUCGACCAAUGGUGAAGUUCUAUUUUAAUCGCGGGAAUGAACUGGGGUUUUUCGAAAUUCAGACGCAGGAUGAAAGCAAUGGGGUAUCUGCUUCCAUCCGAAACAAAGAGGCUAUUGAGGGCCGUAGGAGGUUCAUCAUGGAAUUCUAUGGAGAUGUUAUUGAUGCUGAGAAGGGCGAACUGGUGUCACGCUUCGAGCAUCUGAUGUACAUUUUCGUGUCACGUUACGAUUAUUAA